GAAGGAAGAAAAAAAAAAAAAGAAGUAGCAGGGCAAUACAGAAUGGAAAUGCUAGUCAAAUGGUAGAAACAAAAGUGAGUGAAAGAAAAGUAGUAAGAAAAAAAAAUAUAAAAUAUAAAAAAAAGGAAGAAUAAUAUAAAAAAAAAUACAAAUAAGUAUAAAAAAGAAUAUAACUGCUCUUUCCGUUCUACCACACAAAGGGAGGAGGGCUGAAAGGGAGGUCUUUGAAAAGAGCUGAGCUUGCAAAAACGGGAACAUCGUUUGACUCUUUCUGUCAAUUCAUCCACGCUGCGCCUUGUGACGGGUUUCUGGGGAAACCCCUCCAAAAAAUAACGCUUCCACUACUCCGCCGUCAACCCAUCCCAUACCAAGUUACCUUUUUCAUUCUCGAUGCCUCCUCGACUGCAAGCAACCCCGAUUCCCACUCAACGUCCUCUCCAAAGCGAAAUCUUACUGCUGCAUAAAUUGCUCAGUAAUGAUAUUUUACAACAAUCAACGCGCAUUCUAGACCACUUUACUGUUGAACGGAUAGAUUCAGCAUCCGCCCAGCAUUUGAAAGAUGUCUUGUUACAAAAAUGUGCCGAUUUCGAACUUGUAUGCGAUCAAAUAUACUAUAUACUGGAACAAUCGAAACGGGUAUUACAACUGGAUAAAGAACAAAAGUUGAUACAGCAGAGAGCUGAACAGCAAAAGCAAGAUCAGCAACAGCGGGACGGCGAAGCGACCCAAGAACAGACAGUCGAAGCCUUGGAUACCGAUUUAACCAUGGGUUAUGAUUUAUCCAUGGCAGUGGACGGAACACAAAUGAUGGAUACCGACUUGACAGAUCAACCUCCGAAUCCGUCACAACAGCAACAAGGGGAACCGAUGGAGGAAGAGGAUUUGGAAGAAUUAUUACAGCUUCAAAAAGAACGUAUGGAGAGAUUACGGAAUGUGGUAAUCUAUGGAAUGGAUGCAGAAUCACUCAAAUCCAAAGGCGAUAGAGGCAAUGAGGAUCUAUUGUUUUAA